UCGGUCAGCUCUUCUGGCUUUAAUCAUUUAUUUUCUUUUCUUCCAUUUUAUAACUGAGCUGUUGAUGUAAUCCUACCCCAUGUGAAUGCUAAUUUCAGGAUUUCACAAUAAAUGAAAUGCCAUCUAAACCAGCAUGAAAUAUCCUCACAGUUUAAACUAAGGUGCCCACAAAUGUUGGACAAGGACUAGGCUCCUGAUGUAGCCAAUGGGGUAUCCAGGGAGUAAUUAAACUCUCAGCAAAAUGUUUUAAACUUGACUCUGGUUUCUUUUUGCUUGCCUGAAGAAAUUUAAUGUCUUAUUUCAGUAGAGAGAGGGUGGAUCAUGCAGCAAGUGGGAAAGCAGGAGACCUGUCUUGGAUUCGGUGACAUCAGGCUCCUUGAACUGAGUCCUCUGUUAUGUUUUCACCAAGAAAGGCCAAAAAAACCCCAUUAGACUAAUACAAAACUGAUACUCAGUUAUACACACAAGGCUUGAGAAGCUUUGCAACAACCAACCACAUUCAGCUGAAUAUCUGCUGCCAGAGAACAUGGUGAAGGAUAACUGGACUGAACAUCUCACCAGGAGGGAGCCUUUCUCUCACUCCAAGCUUCACCCCUGCCGCACAAGAGGGAGGGAAAGAGGAGAAAGCAGAAGGGUCCCUUCACACUGACAGCACCCAACUGCCCGGCUCACAUCUGCAGCAGGCAAACCAUGAGGAAGAGUCUCUUUGCCCCUACAGUCAAUUCACCUUUGGUUUAAAGCCUUCACCCACUUCCACAAGGAACAAUGGAGGAGCAGUACAUUUCCAAACUCCACCCGGUAGUGGAUUAUGGAGCUGGGGUCUUUCUUCUGAUCAUAGCCAUCCUGACAAUCCUUGGAAAUUCAGCUGUCCUUGCUACAGCCGCAAAACGCUCUUCCCCCCUGAAGUCACCGGAGCUGCUUACAGUCAACUUGGCAGUAGCAGAUAUUGGAAUGGCCAUCAGCAUGUACCCGCUGGCCAUCGCAUCUGCCUGGAACCACGCUUGGCUGGGAGGACACGCAUCCUGCAUAUAUUAUGCCCUGAUGGGUUUCCUUUUUGGUGUCUGCAGCAUGAUGACCCUCUGUGCCAUGGCCGUGAUUCGAUUCCUUGUUACCAAUUCAUCCAAAUCUAACAGUAACAAAAUCACCAAGAACACUGUUUGCAUCUUGAUUACUUUCAUCUGGCUCUACUCCUUGCUCUGGGCCAUUCUGCCCUUGGUAGGCUGGGGCUACUAUGGCCCUGAGCCAUUUGGCAUCUCUUGUACAAUAGCCUGGAGCAAGUUCCACAACUCCUCCAAUGGCUUUUCGUUCAUUUUGAGCAUGUUCCUCCUGUGUACAGUCUUGCCUGCACUGACCAUCGUUACCUGUUACUUGGGAAUUGCCUGGAAGGUUCAUAAAGCAUACCAAGAGAUCCAGAAUAUUGACAGGAUCCCUAAUGCAGCUAAACUGGAGAAGAAGCUGACAUUGAUGGCUGUGCUCAUCUCAGUUGGGUUCCUGAGCUCGUGGACACCGUAUGCAGCAGCCAGCUUCUGGUCCAUAUUUAACCCCAGCGAAUCCCUGCAGCCCGUCAUUACACUGCUGCCUUGUCUGUUUGCCAAAUCUUCAACAGCGUAUAACCCUUUUAUUUACUACAUCUUCAGCAAAACUUUCCGUUGUGAACUCAAACAGCUGCAGUGCUGCUGUGGCUGGCAAGUUCAUUUCUUCAGCACUGACAACUCUGCUGAAAAUCCCAUGUCAAUGUGGAGCGGGAGAGAUAACAUGCGUCUCUCUGCAGCUGCAAAGGUGGAGAACCAGGGAGCUGCAGCUCGCUGA